UAUUUGAUCGUUAUCUUUCUUAAUAUCUAUAAAAUUAAUGAAGUUACCUCUAUAACGUAUCGCCUUUUAUAAUUCCAAGAUGGCAACUUCCAUAUGUUGUAUGUUCAGGCACAUAGUGCAUAAUUUGUCCUUAAAGUCGAAAUUAUUACAUCUUAAGUUGUUUUCGAUGGCUUCAGAAUUCUCUGCAACCGGCAAGCAGUUCGUUUGUCAAAAAGACAGAUAUAAUGGUAUUACAGUUGAGACUGCUGAAAUAACAUUUUCUGAUGUAGAAUUUGAAGAAAUACUUAAAGCUUCCUUAAGUGAGUGGAUGAACAAUGGAAUUCGUGGAGUCUGGUUUCAUGUUCCUCGAAGCAAAGCUUCCUAUAUACCAAUACUUGUAAAUCAUGGUUUUGAAUUUCAUCAUGCCAAAGCAUCAUAUUUGAUGUUGACAAAAUGGUUACUAAGUUCUGAACCGAAUUUGUUGCCUCAAUAUCCACAUACUCAUAUAGGAGUUGGAGGCUUAGUUGUCAAUGACAAGAAUGAAGUUUUAGUAAUUCAAGAAAAAUAUGGAGCUAAAGCUCAUUGGAAAUUUCCUGGUGGAUAUGCUAAUCCAGGUGAAGAUAUUGCAGAUACUGCAAAACGAGAAGUAUUAGAAGAAACAGGAAUAGAAACAGAAUUUGUAGAAUUGGUGUUAUUUCGUCAUCAUCACAAACAUAUUUUUGAUUGCAGUGAUAUCUAUUUUGUUUGUCAUAUGAAACCUGUAGGUGGCUGCAUCAAAAAAUGCACCAAUGAAAUUGCAGAAUGUUGUUGGAUGGAUAUCAAUGAUUUCCAGUCUCAUUCAGAUGAUGUAAGUCAUAUGAAUCAAUUUGUAAUGAAAUGUUUUCUAGAAAUACAAAAGAAUGAAGCAUCUAUUGCUAUAACUCCUGUGUUAUCAUUUGCAAAAACUCAUUAUCAAAAUGUAUAUAAUAUAAUUUGGAAACAAAAAAGCAAGAAUGAAUAAUAUAUUUACAUUCAAGUAUAAUGAUUUAAA